AAGAAGACGAAGAAGGAAGCAGAAGAGGGAGAGUUUACCGACCAAAGUUGUAGUUUAGUUUCUGACCGUGGGGUUUUUGUCUUUCUUGGUGAGAUGUCGGGGUGCGUGGAGGUGCAGUGAAGCUGUGAUGUGACUGAGAUGGAGGCCAGGUUCGGUAGCGGGGUGUCUCCGCUGGUGGAAGCCGCCGUGCGGGCCGCAGUGUCCGCCGUCAGGCGGCACGAGGAGGCGCCGAGCGCGGAAUGGAACGUGACCCAGCUCGGCGCCGUGCGCCGCAUCGAGGAGGAGUUGGUCUCCCGCAUCACCCGCAUGUUCCGCGACUUCUCUUCCCAGCUGUGGGAGGAGAACGAGGCGCUGAGGGCCAAGGUUGAGCAGCUGGAGGAGGUGCUGCAGAAGAAAGCGGAGCAGCUGGAGCAGGAGCUGAUGGCCAGGGUGGGCCAGCUGGGCCGGGACAUGGAGCAGCUGGAGGAGGAGCUGAGGAGCUUCAGGAGUGGACAGACCCGCUGGGAGCUGCAGGAGAGCGACGAGACAGGAAAUCCGGCUUCGUUGGGCUUCAGCGAUCGCACGCCAGCUGCCAUGGCACCGGUCUCAGCAAAGGAAGCUGCCCAGAGGCUGGUUACAGCAGAAAGCUCGCAGUGCUAUGACUCGGACGAGACGGGAUCCACACCGGUGGCGUCGCCAGGGGCGUUCCUCCAGUCCGUCCACAGUAACGACUCCACCAGUGAUACUGGCUCCGCCCAUGAAAAGAAACGUGAGAAUGAAACUCCUGACAGCGUGAGCAGCACAACUGCAGAGACAUCUACUGCACAAAUGGGAAAGGCUACAAGUGCCACAGGCGACGGAGCUGAAGACAAAGAAAUCAAGUCGAGUGUAGUGCAGCAGAGAAAGAAGCACUUCUUCUGUAAGAAGUGUGACAGUGGUUUCCAUCGGAAAAGUGAACUGAAGAAACACGCCAGUGUCCACAAGAAGCCUUUCCCCUGUAACCAGUGUGAGCGAAGUUUCGUGGAUAAUAAGUCACUGGAAAACCACCUUUCUCGCCACAAGCACGGUAAAACACCACUGCCCUUCCCCUGUCCUCGGUGCAAGAGGUCAUACCGAAAGAAGGAGUCCCUUCAGAACCAUCUGCUACGCCACGAGCAGGUGAAGGAGCCCAGACCCUUCCCCUGUGACCAGUGUGACAAAACGUUUCGACUUCAGCAGUCGCUGGAAAACCAUCUACUUCGCCAUGAGAAGCAGAGGCAGAUGUUUCAGUGCCACCAAUGCGGCAAGACCUGCAAGACGUCCGUGCAGCUGAAGUGCCACAUGGUGGUCCACUCUGAAGACAGACCGUUCAGCUGCUCUACCUGCGGCAAAGACUUCAAGAGCAAAGACACGCUUCGCUUCCACCAAAUGGUCCACACCACCACCAAAAAGUACAAAUGCACCAUGUGCGAGGAGAGCUUCAAGUACGCCCACUCGCUGACCGUGCACAAGAGGAAGCACACGGGCAUCACUCCCUUCGUCUGCACCGUGUGCAACCGAUCGUACCGCACUGGCACGGGUCUAAAGAGGCACGGCCUGGUCCACACGGGUGAGAAACCCUUCACCUGCGACAUAUGUGGCGUGAGGUUUAGCCUGAGUAACAACCUGAAGAGGCACAUGCGGCUUCACACGGGAGAGAAGCCAUUCACGUGCAGCGUGUGUGCAAAGAGCUUCUCGGACAACAACAAGCUGAAGUCCCACAUGCUGUCCCACGGGGCUAUCAAGCCCUUCAUGUGCGAUCUGUGUGGGAAGACCUUCCUCUUCAACUGCAGGCUGCAGGCACACCUGAAGUACGUGCACGGCAACAGGAAGAAGGACGCAGAUGAUGUAGAACAGUUUGCGCAGAACCGCUGGAGAAACAAGUCUUUGGUCCGUGCUUUUACCUGCAAAAUAUGUCUGAAAGGUUUCACCACACCGUGGAGUCUGAAAAUCCACGAGAAGAUCCACAGCGAACAUAAGGAGUUCCACUGUGGCGUGUGUGGCAAGUACUUCCAUAACAAGUACUCUUUUGGAUACCAUCAGAGGAGUCACACGGGAGAGAAGCCCUUCGUAUGUGACGUAUGCGGGAAGAGCUUCUUCCAGGCCAGUGGUCUGAAGCAGCACUCCACCAUCCACACCGGGGAGAAGCCCUUCAAGUGCGACCAGUGCGGCCGCGCCUUCAGGACCGACGGAAACUUCUACCGGCACCUGCGGAUCCACAUGGGCGUAAAACCAUUUGAAUGCACCUUGUGCCACAAGAAGUUCAACCAGUCCAAUCAGCUAAAGUCUCACAUGCAGAUCCACACCGGACAAAAGCUGUACUCAUGUCAGCAGUGUGGGCAGGGUUUCUCCGACUCCAGACAGCUGAAGAAGCACAGCUGUGAAAUCGAAUUGGUUACUGUGUAAUCGCUCAUCACAAGUGUUUGAGUCAUCCUGCACUCCUGAUAAAUACGCGUCUUCAUUGACAGAAAAUCGUUUUUAUUCUUCCUCAGUUAGUGAAAAUGUUUUUCCCCAGAGAACAUAAAAAUCAAAUUACAUUAAGUAAUCUCAUUAUAGUUCCUUGAAUUAUACCAAAAAAAGAAAAGAGUAAUGGGCUUUACUUUGAAAUUAUCAGACAUUUGACUUUUAUUGUGAAAUUUAGUCUUCAGCAGGGUUUGGAGUUGAGCCCGACCGAUAUCAGUUGGCCUAUAAUAUUGGCUGAUAUGAGCCUUUCACAAACACAUCGCUGUCUACAUUAUUCUUGCUGAUAUGGAAAUGUGUCAUUACGUAGUUUGCCCAUAAGAGGGCGCUCUGACAGCAUUGUGAACAGUGUUGUCAAGCAUGGCUGGGACCCGCAUAACCCCUUGGACACAUUAGCUAUAAGCAAGCAGCUGCCAUUCUUUAUCCAUCAAAGUGGACGUUUUACAGCACCAAGAGACAAGUGGUCGCUACACCGCCAGCUAGGUGUGGCCAAACAGAAAAGAAGUCUACUUCACGCAAAUGCUGAGCGGUGUGACACCAAUCUG